AUGAGGUUUUUCACCGCAACGGUGCUUGGGUUGCUUGCACCCAGCCUGUGCGCCGCAACCAGCCUUACGACACCUAGUCGACUGGAUCUCGCAUCCAACUUCAAGCCCCCACAAGUGUUCAAGAACACAAAUCUGGUUAGGAACACCAAUCUUGAAAAGGGCUAUGUGAGGGAAACCAUCAAUGUUGUGGUGGAGAAUGUGGACAGCCAGCCACAGCGCGAUUACUAUGUCCCUUUCCCCGAUGAGGUGUUUGAGCUUGUUGGAGGCUUCGAAGUGCGGGAUAAGAAGGCACCCGAGAAGGGGCGCUUUGAUGUAGAUGCCACUGAGGCUGUAUCAUCUAGUGGCAACCAAUAUUUCGUGGUUCACCUUCCCGAGCCUCUGGCUCCCAAAUCCCAAAUCACCCUAGGAAUAUCGUACUCUGUGCUCUCUUCUCUCAGCCCACUCCCUGCGACCAUUGGGCAGGCCGACAAGCAAUACCUGUCCUACUCAUUCUCUGCCUACACCCCAUCCGCCUACACGACUGUCACCCAGAAGACCAAGCUCAAGUUCCCCAGCACUGAUGUGCCUGACUACACAACUACUGAGGGACUCAAGUCCGGCUCAGACCCCGAGCGAAAGGGCGCCACUUAUACUUACGGCCCAUACGAUACCGCCAAGGUGGCCCCGGGCACCGAGUACCCAGUCUCUGUUCGCUACCAAUUCACGAAGCCUGUUAUUACCGUGAACCUCUUGGAGCGUGACCUGGAAGUAUCGCACUGGGGCGGCAACCUUGCCACUGAGGAGCGUUACUGGCUGCGCAACAAUGGCUCGCAGCUGACCAACCAGUUCUCUCGUGUUGAAUGGACAUUCACCAACUACCAGAAGGCACCGACAUCAGCAGUCCGUGAGCUGACCUACCCUCUUCAGCCGGGCUCUGUCGACCCCUACUUUGUUGAUGAUAUUGGUAAUGUGUCCACCAGCCGCUACCGUCCCAGCAAAGGCAAGAACAACGCAAACUUGGAGUUGAAGCCUCGUUACCCUAUCUUUGGUGGCUGGAACUACAGCUUCAAGAUCGGCUGGAACAACGAGCUUUCUUCCUUCCUGCGCCGUGCUGCGGGUGUCGACUCUGACUCUUACGUUCUCAAGGUCCCUCUCAUCGAGGGUCCCAAGAUGGCGGAGGGAAUCCAAUACGAGCGUGUUGUUGUGCGUGUUGUUCUUCCCGAGGGAUCUCACAAUGUUCGUUUCGAGACUCUCGAGGGUGCCAACAGCAAUGGCCUCCCUGGUGCGAACCACAUCUCAGCAAGCCUGAGCUCAUUGCAGACCUACAUGGAUACCUUGGGCCGAACCACUUUGACCCUAGAGGUCGAUAGCUUGACCGACGAAGCUCGUGAUGCUACCAUUGUGGUUACCUACGACCACACUAUGUUCGAUGCUCUACGCAAGCCUUUCACUCUUUUCGCUGGUAUGGUCACAGUCUUUGUCGCCGCUUGGGGCGUUGGAAAGAUUGAUAUCAGCAUCAAGAAGAGAUGA